GUGAACGAAACGAGAAAGUUGCAUUUCUCUGAUAGCUUUUGAAACAGAAGGUGGUCAGUCGUGUGGCUUUCUGAAGAGAAAAAUACAAGACAACUCGUCAAGUUAGACAACAUUCUGACGACCGGCUGAGUGCAAGACGAUUAGAAAGAGAAAAACGACGUUUCGGUGGAUCGUAAAUACUUAUCGCAAACGAACGUUAUACAGUAUGAGGAUUUUAUUAUCACUCAUCAUUAUCGCGUCGAUAUGUCACGACGACACUCAUGGUCUUCUCGUCGAAAACUCCGUGCAUCCAACUACAACAAAUUCCGGAUUCGCAAGCGAGUACGACUUUAUCAUCGUAGGAGCUGGAUCGGCAGGUUCCGUAUUAGCCAAUCGUCUAUCAGAGAACAAAAAUUGGAGAGUUCUCUUACUGGAAGCGGGAUACGCGCAAAGUCUCCUCAAUCAGAUUCCAAUACUGGUCGGCUAUUUCCAAUUGUCUGAUUACAACUGGGGAUACAAGGUGACACCUCAGAAGAACGCCUGUUUAGGAAUGAUAGAUAAUCAGUGCGCCUGGCCACGAGGCAAAGCUUUGGGUGGUACAAGUACUUUAAACUACAUGAUCCACACACGUGGCAAUAAAUUGGAUUAUGAUAAAUGGGCUAAUCUGGGCAACGUGGGCUGGUCCUACGCAGAUGUUCUCCCGUAUUUUAAAAAAAGUGAAAGAUUUAAUGUACCAGGUAUCAAGAACUCUUCAUACCACGGUGAAACUGGUUAUUUGUGCGUGGAAUAUGUGCCAUAUCACACGAAAGUGGCGACUGCAUUUCUAAAAGCUGGUCGAGAACUAGGCUACAAAAUCGUGGACUACAACGGACAGGAUCAGAUAGGUUUUUCGUAUAUCCAGGUGAACAUGAAUCGUGGAACGCGUUGCAGCGCCGCCAAAGCUUAUCUCCAGCGAAUCAAUCGACCAAACUUGGAAAUCAUCACUGGCGCGAGAGUGGUCAAAGUACUAAUCGACGCAAAUAAGCGUGCGUACGGCGUCGAAUAUAUCAAGAACGGCAUAUGGAAGAAGGUGACCUGCUCGAAGGAAGUUUUACUAUCCGCCGGUACGAUCGACUCAGCCAAGUUGCUGAUGUUGUCAGGAAUCGGGCCUGGAGACCAUUUGAAAGAGCUGGGCAUCCCAGUGAUUCAGGACUCUAAGGUCGGUUACAAUAUGUAUGAACAUAUUGGUUUCCUGGGGCUGACUUUCAUGGUAAAUCAGAGCGUGUCACUGCUGCAGAAUAAGCUCCUGAAUCCCAGUGUACUUCUCAGGUAUAUCUUGCAUAGAGACAGUUUGAUGACAAUCCCAGGAGGUGCCGAGGCGCUAGCAUUUAUGAGAACCAAAUAUGCUCCUGACGAAAGACCGGACAUUGAGCUUCUCUUCGCAUCUGGCUCUUUGCAUUCGGACAACGGCCAGGUACUGAGGAAAGCCUUGAGAAUCUCAGAUAAUCUGUACAACACUGUGUACAAGCCCAUCGAAAAUCAGGAAGCCUGGUCGAUCUGGCCGAUCGUUCAAUAUCCCAGAAGCGUCGGCCGUCUUACAUUGCGAUCCAAGGAUCCAUUCGAGCCGCCCGAAAUGGAUCCGAAUUUCUUCAGCCAUCCGGCCGAUCUAGAGAUCAUUCUGGAAGGAGUGAAACACGCCAUCAAUAUAUCCAGGACCGAAAUCUUUCAGGCUUACGGGAGCCGAUUACAUGAUAUCAAAAUUCCAGGCUGCAGACAAUUUGAAUUUAAUACUGAUGAUUACUGGCGCUGUGCUAUCAAGCAUUUGCCAUCCAUGAUGAAUCACGAGGUAGGGACCGUUAAAAUGGGACCUCAAACGGACGCUAACGCGGUUGUCGAUCCGCAACUGAGAGUGUAUGGCAUUAAGGGACUCAGAGUAGUGGACGCUUCGAUUAUGCCUACGAUGCCUAUCGGUCAUGUAAACGCGGGAAUUUUCAUGAUUGGCGAGAAAGCUGCGGACAUGAUUAAGGAAAAUUGGAAGAGCGCAUUGUAAGCGCAUUAUUCACUCUUUCCAAUACGCGAGACUCGCAGGCAAUUUCGAAAAAUAAUUGUAUGAAUCGUAAUCGUGUGUAAAAUGGUGGACUAAACAAACACAGCUAUAGAAAAGCCAAUGUCCCUUAACUUCUAUCUUAAAGUAAGAAUCUAAAAAUGCCAACUUAUAUAUAUAUUGUUCGUACAAACUUUGAAUUUGCAACUAAUUUAAAGAUUUUGAGAUAAAAAACACAAUUGUAUAGAUAAUUUUGUGUCAUUCAAUCGUUCUUUGUCAUUUACAUUACAUAAUAACGCAACGUUUACAUUGUAUAGAUAGAAUGUUGUUUAAUUUUCAUUUUUAUUCACCGAAGUCAUCAAUGAAAGGGGCAGACGUGCAUAAACACAUAGACAUGCUUGAUCGUAAGAGUUAUCCCACGCAAUGUAUUCUUUAUAUGGUCGUUUAAAAAUUAUGUAUAAUUAGGGGGAGUGUUGAAUUUUGCACGUACAAGUGUUAUCGACUGUUUAAUGACAAAUUGGUAAAUAUAAACCGAUGCUAAAUUGAAAUUAAGAGACUGAAAAUAAAUAAAUAAAAAGU